AUGUCACCUGCCUUCAGGGGGAAGGUCCUUCUACACAGCAAGGGGAAAAUCCCUUCUCCCACCCCCCAGCCCACUGGAAAAAACAAUGCCAGCCUAUCCACAGACACUGCAGAGAUGUCACGAGAACCCCCAGGAGUGGGAGGAUGGGCAGGAAAAGGCUCCGUGAACCCUCCUGGAGGGGUGUGGGCAGGAAAAGGCUCCGUGAACCCCCCUGGAGGGGUGUGGGCAGGAAAAGGCUCCGUGAACCCUCCUGGAGGGGUGUGGGCAGGAAAAGGCUCUGUGAACCCUCCUGGAGGGGUGUGGGCAGGAAAAGGCUCUGUGAACCCUCCUGGAGGGGUGUGGGCAGGAAAAGGCUCUGUGAACCCUCCUGGAGGGGUGUGGGCAGGAAAAGGCUCUGUGAACCCUCCUGGAGGGGUGUGGGCAGGAAAAGGCUCUGUGAACCCUCCUGGAGGGGUGUGGGCAGGAAAAGGCUCUGUGAACCCUCCUGGAGGGGUGUGGGCAGGAAAAGGCUCUGUGAACCCUCCUGGAGGGGUGUGGGCAGGAAAAGGCUCUGUGAACCCUCCUGGAGGGGUGUGGGCAGGAAAAGGCUCUGUGAACCCUCCUGGAGGGGUGUGGGCAGGAAAAGGCUCUGUGAACCCUCCUGGAGGGGUGUGGGCAGGAAAAGGCUCUGUGAACCCUCCUGGAGGGGUGUGGGCAGGAAAAGGCUCUGUGAACCCUCCUGGAGGGGUGUGGGCAGGAAAAGGCUCUGUGAACCCUCCUGGAGGGGUGUGGGCAGGAAAAGGCUCUGUGAACCCUCCUGGAGGGGUGUGGGCAGGAAAAGGCUCUGUGAACCCUCCUGGAGGGGUGUGGGCAGGAAAAGGCUCUGUGAACCCUCCUGGAGGGGUGUGGGCAGGAAAAGGCUCUGUGAACCCUCCUGGAGGGGUGUGGGCAGGAAAAGGCUCUGUGAACCCUCCUGGAGGGGUGUGGGCAGGAAAAGGCUCUGUGAACCCUCCUGGAGGGGUGUGGGCAGGAAAAGGCUCCGUGAACCCCCCUGGAGGGCUCUGGGCAGGAGCCUGGCACUUCCCACCCUACACCCAGCUCCUCUUCUCUCGGCAAGAUCCAGCCUCGUGUCUCAUGGAGUGAACCCCACUCUGCAGCCUUGUCCUCAGUGACAGGGCUCAACACACACUCCCCUCACAGGCUCCUCCCAGAGGAACAGAGUUCUCCUCCCUGAAGAGGUUUCCCAGAAUCUGCCUUUAGUAUCUCUUUUAUUUUCCUCCCAUUACUCCAUAGGGAACAGCUUGUCCCUUCCUGUGUGAAUGCUCACAGGAGCUCCUGCCUCUCCCUUAGCUGAGGGUGCCAGCAGAGAUCCAAGCCUUUCUUCAGCACAAAGCAGCACUCCCAGCCUUGGAGCACCUUCCUGGCUGCUCUUUUAGUGCCUUUUAAUUCAUCAGUAACAUGGUGCUGCCUGUAACUGCCCAGGGCACUGUGGGAGCAAGCAGGAGGUUCCAGUCUCCUGUCCUGUGCUCACCAUGGCCAGAGUGGAACUGGGCCCUCUGAGCAGACUCGGCCACCAACACAAACGUUUUUGGUAAUUCCUGCCAAACCUUCUGGGUUAUUGCAGACAGUUGGAGAAAAACCACCCAACCCACCUGAGUCACCCCCCUGAACACUCCAAUGACACCAUUUAGAGCUCGAGUCAUUUCCAGAAGUGUCUCCCCUCUAUCUUCAGUCAUUCCCAAGUUUUGAGAGCAUCUGCUGCAAAUUCAUUUGCAAAAUUCACAUAAGGGUCAUGACUCCCUGAGCUGCUGCUGGACAUCAUCUCUGCCCAGCAAGCACAGAUAAACCAGUGCAGGUGGUUUGUGGGGAUGCUUAAACCAGUUCAGCUCCAAGUUAAACUGGCUUAACCAGCAAUGAACGAACAACUGAGUCAGACAACACCUGAACCCACAGCUGGCUUUCACAGAAAGGUGUGCAGAUUGCACCAGGUCAAACCCACCCAAAGCAGUUUCCUUAGCACAGCAGAGAGGGACAGAAAGGGAAGCUCACCCCCAUCUCAACUCAACCCAGCUGUAAGACACCAAGUCCAUCCUGCAGGCCAAACACAACCACUCCCUACUGAGAGCCACAGGAGACAAACCCUUCCUGACCUUCUGGCUGCUGCAGCACACAGAGACCACCUCCUGAAGAGCUCUGCCUCUAUCCCACUCUCUGCAGCAACAAGGAUGCUCAGACAGGCCCCUCCCUCUUGGAGCUCACCUGGUGCUGCUUGUUCCCCACCUGAAUGUCAGAAUGCUCCCAAAGCAAACUGUGAAGCCAGGAAGAGAAGUCUGCAAAGUCAGGCACAGUCAACAGCAGGAACAGGUGGAUGCCUGGAGGCCACACACCAUUCCUGCAUCCUGACACACUUCUCAUGGGAGAUUAAAAGAAACCAAGAAGCAGAAGGCAAAUUCCCAACAUGACCCAGCAGAGGAUGAUCCCGGUUCUGAGGACUUCUCCUCUCACUCAAAGGGAGCAGAAGCUCAGGACAGCCCUGGCCGAACUCAGAGCCCCUCCCGUGCCCCUCCCAGCCCAGGGCCAGCAGUGCUCCCCACAGCACCCUGGCUGCUCCACACCUCCGAGGCACCACAGAGCAGCAACACAGCAGCUCGGCUUGGAGCAACCUGGCAGGCAAGAGCUUCCACAUUUCAGACCUUGGUAAAGUAUUUUUGCUCCCUAGAAUGUGAAUUCAAGCCUUGAAGAAGGAAGUAGGAAGAGGAGCAAAAGCCUGACUUUUAAGGUAAAUGCAUGUGCUACAGAUGUGCUUCUCUGCUUUUACUGAGGCCUGAGUGACCCAGAGAGAGCCUGGAGCACAAACAGCUCCUCUGAGCUGAGCACCCUGCCAGAGUCAGGAAAAGCCUCACCUUCCUCCAGCGAGUCUCUGGAGAAGGGGCUGUCCAAGCAGGCCCUCUCCUCACCACCUCUGAGAAUGCUCCACUUCAGGAGUUCAGCUUUUCUCUUGCUUUUCCAGCUGUUGAGUUUUUAAGUUCUUUGGGAAAAUCUCAUCUACCCAACAUCACUGCUUAACACCCAUCACUGGUGCAACUACAAGCGAAGCUGCCUGAGAGGGGCAGUUUUUGGGAUGGGGAGAGGGUCAGUCCAUCCCUCCCUUUGGUCAGCACCACAACUAAAGCCCAGCUCUGGUGCCAAACCCACAGUGUGAGAAGGGAAAGGGGAGGUGGGACGGGAGGUAGAGGUGGCUGUGGCCUUCCUGCCUGCAUGCUCUCAGUGCACACCACAGUCCUGCUCAGUGCUGGGCACAAAUCCCUGCAGUUUGCCCCAUUCUCAAUUCCAGGGAUUUACAGCUGUGCUCGCUCUGUCUUGCCCACUUCCCACCCUCAAUGCCUCACACGGACAACGCGAGCCUGAGUUCACAAAUUCCACAGAAAUCAUCUACAUGUCCCUUAGCAAAGGAGGGCUGGGGGUUGGAGCUGUCUUCCAAAGGAAUGCAAGGGCUUUGCAUGCUUCCCUGAGAGCUCUCAGGGUCUCAGGUGGACCACACAGAAAGGUGUAAUGUGCCAUUAGGAGAAGGAGCUGCCAAUCCUGAUCCCUGUGCCCCCAGCUGAGCUGUGGGUACCCUCUGUGCCCACAGCUACUCCUGUUUGGGGAACAUGCACCAGCCAAGUUUUCCUGCUGUCAGGUGCCAGUGGGCUCAGCACACAUCUCACUCACUCAGGGUUCAUUUUUGUCUGUCACAGGUUUUUCCUCACCUGCAAACUGCUGUGCUACCACGGGCAUGCAGGAUUUGUACAGGAGAAAACAAAACCAGCAAGAAGGAAAGCUGGCCCUACAAGCAACCCCUC